CAUUGAAACAGUGAUUAUACGUUAUAUAUCUGAUUACCUGGGAAACGAAUCUGGAAUGACACAAUGUUGUCGUAUAGGCAUAAUUUGUGUAUAUUAUUUGUGAGUAUAAACGAAUUUUGCGAACCCUGAGGUCUCUCUACUAAAGCGUAGCGAUUGUUUUGAAGCAAUAUUCAGAGAGACUUUUGAUAUUCACAUUGCACACGUCACUCUAAAGGACACAGAUUUUCGUGGACUGUUUCAGAGAAAGAAUAGGUCUCUUGAUGCAAUCGAAGAUGGACAAAUCCACUGGAAAAAAGACGCGUUCGUUCAAAUGUAACGUAGAGAGAGAUUUGUUUGCUUACAAAGGAUUUUCUUUUUUCCUUUAUGGCGCCUUUGGUUCAUUCUAUCCUUACCUACUUCUCUAUUUCAAGCAAUAUGGUUUGUCGAGCUUCCAGGCCGGUAGUAUAGUUGGCAUUCGACCACUCAUCCAGUUAUUUGGAGCACCAUUUUGGACUGCAAUUGGAGAGCGCUUCAAAGCAGAGAGGAUUGUCCUGAUGUGUGGUGUAUUAGCAUGGCUGAUCAAAGCCUUGAUCCUUCUCUUCGUCACUCCUCACAAACAGCUGUGUGUCGAGAAUUAUACCAACUCUACUAACAACAUAACAAGUGUGUAUACAAGUGAUUUAUGGAGACCACAUGAAAGCCAAAAUCAUGAAUGGACACUCGUGACGAGUCUUGGAAAACCGAAUCUUGUCCCGAAGAACAAACUCGUCCAAGUGGAAAACCCUGUGAAACCGGCCAAGAGAUCACAGAUGUCUAGACAGCAGAAAAGAAAGGAAUUCGUUGAUAAAACUAUGAACAAUCGACACCGGGAUGAGAUUUUUCGUUCCAAAUAUCCCUCGAGUAAACUUGGAUCAGACCGCAUCCUUUUUGAGACAAUGAAUUAUAAGAGAACAAUAUCAAAUGUUAUUACGGUUAAGCAUUAUGUUCACAGCCUCAAUCAGACCGUAUCUUUCAUAACACAAGUAGACGAUGAAGAAAUAACCUAUAUGUUUUGGAUCUUUCUCAUGAUUAUCGUUAUAGCAGAAUUCUUAGAAUCCCCUACGUACGCGCUUUCUGACGCAUCUCUUCUCAAUAGGCUUGCAGACGAUCGAAGCUACUAUGGACGGAUCAGAUUAUGGGGAGCGAUAGGAUGGGCCAUCUCUACUGCUAUAGUAGGAUAUCUUAUCUUCAAGACUAGUUUUAUUCUCUGUGGACUUUUAAAACCCAAUUAUGACGUUAUAUUUUACGUGUAUUUUGGUUUUGUGUCUUGCGCUUUUAUCUGUUCGUAUUGGUUUUCUUUUAAAGAAAACGAAGAGCAUCACAAAUCAUCAUUCAGAAAAGCGCUGAACGAAUUGUGUUGUGCCAAACAUUGCGUUUUCAUGAUCGCGAUCAUAUUCACUGGAUGCUGCUAUGGAUUAUUGUUCCAUUUCGUUAACUGGUAUAUCGACGAUAAAGGAGGGUCUGCGAUAGUGAUGGGAGCAGCUGGUGCAGCCCGUGAGCUGGGGGAGAUGAUUUUCUUCUUCUGUGGCGGAGUCUGCGUGAGAAUCCUUGGCAAUCUAAACACGAUGGCCAUUUGUCUGGUGUCAUAUUCGGCAUGUUUCUACUGGUAUUCUGUGAUCGAGUCACCAUGGCUGGCUGUACUUCUGGAAGCUCUUGAUGGUUCGAUCUAUGGUCUGGUUUGGUCUAACAGUAUCGACUACAUGAGUACUAUUGGUGCUCCGAUAGGUGCCGUUGUAACUAUGCAAGGAAUACUACAAGGUCUUUUCUAUGGUCUUGGUAAUGGUGGAGGAACAGUUCUCAGCGGUCACCUGUACGAUAAACUAGGGCCACAGAAGACGUUUCAAAUCUUCGCCAAGGCCUCGCUUGUAAUUCUGUUUUGUCUUCUGCUGGGUUAUCCAUUUGCUAGCACAGGUUUUGCCAGGCAACGAGAGCACAUCGGCGAGACAGAAUACAAGCCAGUCGUUACGGAUUCACACGAGGACGAGCCUGCAAUCGGUAGUUCCAAUGAGUCAGCAAAAAAAGAGCCUGCUCUUGAUGAAAGUCAAUAAUUUGGAGUUAUAAAAUAUAUAAUUAUCUAAUUUGGGGACUCAAACUCUCUGUAAACUACCCUGCUGACAGCGGAGUCUCCUUUUAAUGGCCCCCGCCGAGCGAGAGAAAUGAAAAGAUGACUCUGCCAGCUUGCAGGGAUACCUCGCGGAAUGACAAUGAAACAGCCGCCAUGUUGGUUGAUCUUACAAGAGAAGCUGGAUGAACCGAACAUUGUGACUUUGACGUAACUUGCACCCCAAGAUUUUAAGUUAUCACUGAAUUUUUCAGCAAAUUUCAAAAAGAGACAGGCAAUGAUGUCAGUGGUGCAUUGAACUGGAAGCCUGAAUCUAGGAAUACAAAAUGACUUUUUGAUGUCGAAUAACAAAAUAAAUCAGUAUUUAAUGUUUUCCGCACUCUUUUCUUAAUAUAUUUAAAUUCCAAAUUUAGCCUCACAUAGACGGUUAUCAGUCUUUCUUUGAACUUAGGAAAUGCGAAUAAUUAAAACUCGGAUUAUAAUUUUAAAUAAUCUCAUAUAAUUAUAUGAUUCUAAAUUAAGUCACAAAAUAAAAGAAGCGCAUUACAUUCCCUGGCUUAAGCCCGCGCUUAAUCAACAUCCAAGUCCACGAUGUCAACCUCAAAUUGGUCAUAUAGCCUGUCUUUCGUUUUCUUUUAUUAUUAUUAUUAUUAUUAUUAUUAUUAUUAUUAUUAUUAUUAUUAUUAUUAUUAUUAUUAUNUAUUAUUAUUAUUAUUAUUAUAUAACUUCUUCACUUGAUGUAGUAUUCCGUGUCGCUUAUUAUUCAUUGAAAAUAUUAAUUUUAAAUUAUAAAAUUAUAUAACUUAUAAAUAUGUUGUAUAACAGAUAUACGAGGGCCGUAAG